UCUCGUCCUGCCUCAGCCCCCCCCGCCCGUGCAGGGACGGAACCUUCCACGCGCCGCCGCGGCCCGGCCCGGCCCCAUUAACCCGCCGCACCGGGCAUGGCAGCGCCGGGGGUUCGAGCCCGGAUCGGGGCCGCUGGGAGGGUGUUGCCAGGUCGAUUCUGUGCCGCCCUGGACCGGCUGCUGCCCGUCGGCCCCUGGAGACCCAUCAGCACCUUCUUCAAGGCCUCGGACCUGCGGGUGGAGUUGACCAAUGAGCCGAAGCCCAAGCCGGAGGUGGGGCAGCUGCAGUUCGGGAAGCAUUUCACCGACCACAUGCUGACGGUGGAGUGGGACCGGGAGCGGGGCUGGGGCCAGCCCCACAUCAAACCCUUCCAGCACCUGAGCCUGCACCCGGCCUCCUCCGCCCUGCACUACGCCGUGGAGCUCUUCGAGGGGAUGAAGGCUUUCCGGGGCCAGGAUCAGCGCGUCCGUCUCUUCCGCCCCCUGCUGAACAUGGAGCGAAUGUCCCGCUCGGCCGCCCGCGCCAGCCUGCCGCCCUUCGACCAGCUGCAGCUCCUGGAGUGCAUCCGCCGGCUCGUGGCCGUGGACCAGGCCUGGGUGCCGCACUCGGACAGCGCCAGCCUCUACAUCCGGCCGACCUUCAUCGGCACCGAGCCGUCCCUGGGGGUGUCCCGGCCCGGCCAUGCCCUCCUCUUCGUCAUCCUGUCGCCGGUGGGGGCCUACUUCUCCUCCGGCCCCAUGGGCGCCGUGGGGCUGCUGGCCGAGCCGUGCUACGUCCGCGCCUGGCUGGGGGGCGUCGGCGACUGCAAGAUGGGGGGGAACUACGCCCCCACCAUCCUGGUGCAGGACGAGGCGGUGCGGGCCGGGUGCCAGCAGGCCCUGUGGCUCUACGGGGACGAUCACCAGAUCACCGAGGUCGGCACCAUGAACAUCUUCCUCUUCUGGACGGACCCGCAGGGCGAACUAGAGCUGGUGACCCCCCCACUGAACGGCAUCAUCCUGCCCGGGGUGACCCGGCAGAGCCUGCUGGACUUGGGGCGCAAGUGGGGCGAGUUCAAGGUGUCGGAGCGCAGCAUCACCAUGGCCGACCUCCUCCGGGGGCUGCGGGAGAAGCGGGUCCGGGAGGUGUUCGGCUCGGGCACCGCCUGCGUCGUCUCGCCCGUGAGCCACAUCCUGUACCAGGGCAAGAACUAUCCCAUCCCCACCAUGGAGAACGGCCCCGACCUGGCCAAGCGGUUCCUGAAGGAGCUGACUGACAUCCAGUAUGGCCGUGUGCCCAGCGACUGGGUGUUGCCCGUCUGAGCCGGACCGGACCCGGCCCCCCUUUUUUGGGGGGGGCUUUGGCUUUAACACUCCCCCAGAGCAACCCCCAGCUGGCCCUCGUGCUCCCCCCCCACUCAGCCCGUGGCCCCCCUCCUGGCUACCCCCCGACUGACCCAGCUCCCCUGGGGCAGAACCAACCCCGCCCCGGGAGGAACCAGCCGCCCAAAGAUCGCAGCCGCCUGGCUCCCCCUUCGAUGCACGGGACAGCCCCCCCCCUUCCAAAGUGCAAUAUAGAGAGAGUCCCCCUGGGAUUCCCCUCUGCCCGGUGCCCCCCUGGGAUUCCCCGGUGCUCCCCUCCCCUCCCCCUCCGGGAUCCCCUCUGCCCGGUGCCACCUCCCCUUCCCCUCCGGGAUCCCUCC